AUGGCUGAGCUUUAUAUCUUUGAUGGGUCUUCAUCUUCUUCCUCAAUCUGCCACCAUUCAAGUAGUACUGAACCAGAUAUGUUUUCUUCCGACACAACAACAACAGAUCUCUUCUUUAACAAUCCUUAUCUUAAUCCAAUAGAUGAUCCCUCUCUUAAUUUCUUUGACAAUUUUACCCCUACGACUCAUCAUCUCCUCUCUUCUUCUCCUCCACUCUCUCAGCUCCAAACGCUUAACCUCUCCCACACUAACACUUUCGCCAGUUUCGAAAGCUUCGACGCCGUCAAAACAGAGCAUCCUCUGUUUAACUCUUCAGCCAUGGAAGAUUCAUCGAAUUUUCCAAAUCAGAAUCUCUUAAGCUCGCCGGAAAACUCCUUCCUCUCCGAUCACAUGCGACGUGUGUACAGCACUGGAGAUUUGCAGAAUCUGAGAAUGGAUACUACGGGACCACGAUCAUACUCGAGUCCUUUAGGUGUGGAGACCUCAUGGACGACGGCGUUUUCCGGCGAAGAUCAGAGUUUGAAGGUGGGGCGUUACAGUGCCCAAGAACGUCAAGAGAAGAUUUCAAAGUAUAAAGCUAAACGAACGCAAAGAAACUUCACCAAAACCAUUAAGUAUGCAUGCCGGAAAACAUUGGCGGACAACAGACCGAGAGUACGUGGCAGGUUUGCACGUAACGACGAUAUUUUAGAGAACCCCAAGAUUGCUUCUUCUUUCACUAUACAAGAAGACGACGACCUUUGGAAUUUGGAUGGGUUGCAUGAGGAAGAAAAAGCUUUUAUGAGUAACUUUGUGGAAUGUCAGUCUCAGCCUCAACGACAAAUGCAAUACACAACAACUUCCUUCUGGUGAAAGCAUAUCUGUCUGCAGAAAGAAGAGAUGAAUAUUAUAUUUUCCGACUUAAUUUAAUAUGGAAUGGAAUCU